AUGGGUCUAAUAAAAUGGUUCCUCUUCGUCUAUGUGCUCGGUGGUCUCACCUUCGUUCCGCUUCUGAUCGCCCUCGUAUUCCUCUAUGCCUACUACACGCUCCUUCCACCCGAAAAUGAGAAGGAAAAGACGAGGUCCAACGACGAUCCUGCACAGUUGAUCCACUCUGAAGAUGACAAGAUUGCAUUCAAGACUGGUACCGACGAUCUCGCCGAGCAGUUCCAUCGAAAGCAUGACUCUGAUGUCGCCGCUGGCUACUUCGCGGUAUGCAGAGAAUAUGUGCCUGGCGGUGUCCCUGGCAAGCCACCAGACAAGCCGACACCUCCGGGCGACGUCGCGGUGCAGGAGUCUCCCAGCGUCUACCAGAGCAUGUACCGCAGCAUAUUCGACCGGUCACAGAAACCAACAAUAGAACCUAACAAAGAUGGUGCAGGGAAGAAUGUUAGGAAAACAAAUAAUGUCUUCUAUGUGGUUCUGAGGCACGGACAUCUCAUGCUUUACGAUGACAUACAGCAAUUGGAAGUCCGCUAUGUCAUCUCCCUUGACCAUCACGAUGUCGAUAUCUAUGCCGGUGGAGAAGAAAUACCAGAAGGAGAACUAUGGAUCAAGCGAAACGCGAUUCGACUGAGGCGGAAAAAAAGCCAAACAGGAGACAAGGCAACGUCGUUACCAUUCUUUCUCUUUGGGCAGAGCCAGUCGGACAAAGAGGACUUUUACGAUGCUAUACUGAAGAACCAAGAGAAAAGCAGCAACGAAGAGCCGCCGGGGCCGCAACUGUUCGAAGUUGAACACAUUGUAUUGCUGGUACAAAAAUUACACUCGUCGGAGGAGCACCUGCAGACAAGAUGGCUUAAUGCCAUGAUCGGCCGCGUGUUUCUGGCCAUGUACAAGACCCCAGAUCUGGAAGGCUUUAUCCGAGAAAAGCUCACCAAGAAGAUUUCAAGAGUUAGGAAGCCCACUUUCAUUACCAAGCUGGGCCUGCGAAAAAUUGACUUGGGAACUGGUGCUCCCUUCUUCACAAACCCGAGAUUAAAGGACUUGACUGUGAACGGUGAUUGCACGGUUGAAGCAGAUGUCGAUUACACUGGAGGAGUUAGGAUUGAAAUUGCUGCCACUGCACGGAUUGAUUUGGGCACGCGCUUCAAGGCCCGAGAAGUCGACAUGGUUCUGGCAGUUACAUGCAAACUACUUCAGGGUCAUGUCUUGGUCAGGUGCAAACCGCCCCCCAGCAACCGUUUAUGGUUCACUUUUGAGAAAAUGCCCCAUCUGGAACUCGACAUCGAACCCAUUGUCAGUACUCGGCAAAUCACAUACACGUUCAUACUCAGGGCAAUCGAAAGCAGGAUUCGAGAAGUGGUGGCCGAGAGCAUUGUCCAUCCCUUCUGGGACGACGUGCCUUUCUUCGACACGAAACAUCAGAAAUAUCGCGGUGGCAUCUGGAAGACAGAGCCCUUGUCUACGACGACUACAGAGAUUCCUGAUGAGGAACCUGAAGAUGUCGUUGAAGGGGGAAGCUCGGGGGUGGACACACCGGUGGAGCUGUCCAAGGAUGAUAGAGUCAUGAGUAUGCCAGUCUUGAUUGAGACUAACGGCAUGGGCAAGCUCAAUUCUGCGAAGAAAUCCAUGGCUUCCUUGAAUGACCUUUUCGGCAAGAGGAAGUCGGAGAUAGUGGAAAAGACCGACUCAUCGACACCCAGAUUGAUGCGAUCAACUUCGUUCGCCAGUGCCGCAGAUCCCACCAUUACUACAAAUCAUGCUGACGCCAACACGCCUACUCGAGGAGCGGAUCCUGCUACACAUAGAGAGAGCGUUGCCACGAUACUCAAAGAUCUAUCGGCCAGGUCGGUCUCCGGAAACGGGUCGGAGCUCGGCUCUCCAGCUGGGUCCCCUUCCGUGGAGUCUGCCCUGGCAGCAGCUUUGAAGGGGCGGUCAUCAAGCAACGCCUCCGGGGUAUCAGACGAGGGUGAAGACGACCAAUCCGGUUGGAGAUCUUCUUCUUUGCCACGAACCCUAACAAAUGCCAGCCGCGCUUCCAUUCAAUCUACCGACUCUGGUGAUCAAAAGGAUGGGAGGCCAACCUCUGCGCAAGACACGAAAAAGCCUCCAAAAGGCUUCUCGCUCGGCGCGAGGUCGUUGACCAGUGCAGAUAGAAAACAGGCACUGGCAUCAGUCAAUGCAGCCGCCGCGGCCGCACAAAAAUGGGGUUGGGGCGUGCUCGCAAGAAAUCGACAGCGCGAAGCUCAAGCGACAGCAACACUGAGGAGUUUGGAUGAGACUUCAGGGAGUCCUCCCACUCCUCGAGAGCCGAUGGGUCGUGGAAGACCGCUUCCACCUCCGGGCGUCCCUCUGCCUCCCCCUGAGAGAAGCCGGCCGAAUUCAUUCCUAGCGCCGAAGCGAAAACCCGUCCCACCUCCACUGCUACCAAAGCGCCCAGAGAUGGAUGGUUCCCACGAGUCGAUCUCGGCUAAAUCAUCACCUAAACCACCACUUCCGGAAAGACGCAAAAGACAGGGCUCUGCGCAGGCCGAGGAUGAUGUCGAAGACGAAGUAUUAGUGGUCGAGGCCCCAAUGGAAUCGGCACCAACGAGCCCAGCUAAUGAUGAACAUCACGAUGAAUUUUUUGGUCACGGCGAACCCUCAGCGAUGAUGAAGGAGCAACUUAAAGCUCCACCACUCCCGGACCGUGGCAACGAGGUAGAGGAGCCAACUGCAGCAUCAACUAGGAAGCAACUCCAUCCGCUGCCACAUGAUCACGGGAGUGAAGGCGACGAGCCAGAAACGGUGCAGGAACGGCUACGUCCGCCGUUGCCUGCUCGUGGCAGUGAGACCCCCGAAAAUCUUCCUCAGGAUGAAGGAGAAAUGCAUAGGCAAGAGAUGGGCAUGUACACAUAA